CUGACAUCACUGUCCUUCCAGUGCGACGUUCAAAGCUGUGAACUAUGAUGAACUUUUCCUCAGCGAUGGAAUGCUGGAAGGCGUGCGAGGUUCCAGCGAGCCAGAGCGAGCACAGCCACUACACGUGCAGCGACUCUGGGGAGCUGAGCUGCCAGCCGGGCUGGACGGGCGACGUGUGCGACGUGCCCAUCUGCCGCAAGGGCUGCGACCCUCUGCAGGGAUACUGCAAGCGGCCGGGGGAAUGUCGCUGCAAGAUGGGUUUCUAUGGUGAGCUGUGCAACAAAUGCAUAACAAUGUUUGGCUGCCAGCAUGGCUACUGCAACAACAGCUUUGAAUGCCUAUGUGAGGAAGGCUGGGAUGGGCUCUUCUGCUCUGAACCAAUCUGCCGGAAGGACUGCCACGCGACCCGGGGCUACUGCGAGGCGCCGGGCGAGUGCCGGUGCCGGCUCGGCUGGGCGGGCGACACGUGCCACGAGUGCCAGCCGCUGCCCGGCUGCCAGCACGGCACCUGCACGCGCCCACUGGAGUGCCGCUGCCACGCGGGGUGGACCGGUCUGCUGUGCCAGACGCCCAUCUGUGCUGAGACCUGCCAUAAGGAGAGAGGCUAUUGCAGAAAACCUGGAGAAUGCAGGUGUAAGACUGGCUGGAUGGGCGACAGGUGUGACCAGUGCCACCCGUACCCUGGCUGCAUCCACGGAUCCUGUCGCCGUCCGUGGGAGUGCAACUGUGAACCCGGAUGGGGAGGAAUGUUGUGUGAUCAAGAGCUCACAUACUGUGAACAAAACGAAGAUCUGUGUGAAAAUGGUGCAACAUGUAUCAGCCUGACAGAGGAAGAUGGAAACUACCGCUGCAUAUGUGCCGAGGGAUUCACUGGCCGUAACUGUGAAGUAUCCAAGUUCACCACAGCAAUGUCCAUGUUUAACAUGACUACCACCAUGAAGCCACCUACAUCCCUACUUCCUGGUGAACCACCUGAGGAAGAAAAUGAAGCUGCUUAAGAAAUAUCACAAUUUCUUCCAUCAGAUAUGUAAUACUGUUUUUUUCUGAAGACUAUUAUUUUAAUAUAUAAAGUGUAAGUCCUUUGAAACAUAAAAAAGAACAUUAAAUUAAACUUGAUGGGGCUUUGGAAUGAAACAUGGAAUCUUGAAAAGGCUGUCACAAUAUUUCUGUGGGAUAAGUGCUCAGCAAUACAGAGAACAAUAAAAAAUUUUUUUUGUAACAAUUAAAUCAUGAGCACCCAACCGUUUUGGAACAUGGCUAAAUUUUGAUCUUGUGGCCUUAAUGUGAUUAUACGUAUAUUAUUCUUCCCCCCCCCCCCCCCACCUCCUCGCUCCUCCCCCUUCUACCUUUUGGCAAAGUAGAUGUCUAAGAAGCCUGCAUAAUUGUGUGUGUACAGAUUAAUCACGUGUUUGCAAUUGUCUGAUGCUUUGUAGUAUUAUGAAACAUUUUAUGUGCUUCAAAUAUUGUAACAGUAAUCUGUGAUUCUUCAAAAGCAGACACUGCAUUCCAGUAGUUUUAAUUUUCCAACGAUAUUGGCUGAAAGAUCAGCACUUCCAGUUUUUGUUAAACUAUGCACAUGAUUGUUUGUGAAUCAGUUGUUAUUUAUUUGUGUAGAUGCUUUUGUUUAGCUUAUGUAUCGUAAUUAACUUAUCAAUUUAUUUAUUUAAUUUAUUUAUAUUUAAUUUAUUUAUUAAUGUAUAAAUUUGAUUGAUUUAUUAAUUUAUUUCAAAUUAUUUAUUUUUA